AUGGGAUAUAAGAUAUAUUCUAACUCUGACUUAGUUCAAACAGUAACAUGGGCAAACUAUGAAUGGUUCGCUUUGAGAAACUCAGUACAACCACAAGCUAGAGAACAAACAGACCAGUAUGCAACUAUUGAGAAAAUAAGAAGACUUGACCCUAACGUUCCAGGAGUUUAUGUUAACCUUUCUGGUUCAGAUGGAAAUGCUGUCACUAAAGUAAAACUGAAACUUAGAGUUCCUUUGUCAUCUUUCCUCAUCUUCAGGUUUUUAAGAUACUUGCCAAACUGGGCAGGAAAAAUUUCUAUUGAACUUACUCCAAGCAAAAAUAACUUAGUCAUUGCACCAACACAAGACCCAUUCACUCUUACAGAAGUAGUGGGAACAAAUAAAACGUCAUUCGCCGACUUUUGCAAAGACAAAGUUGACUUAGACUUUGGUUUCUCAAACCUCAACACUGAAGUAAACUACUACUUCAAUGCUGCUGGAACUGCUUGGGACCCAGUUAAGUUCACAUGCGAAAAGUUUGAAUGCAAGAGAAUAGAAAGCAGACUUACAGUCUAUAUGUUGGACCCAGAUAUUUCAAAUGCUUUAGCUGCCAAAUAUAUUGCAGUUCCACUUAUGUUCCCUAUACACCAAAUAUCUGUCAAAGACUUUGCAGGUGAAGUUGGAAACCAAAGUGCUGACCCAGGUGCAAGAACAGAUAUUGCUUUAACAACUGCAAUGAAACAUGCAGAUACUAUGUUUGUACUGUUCAGACGAACUAUAAAUGACUAUUCUUGUUUCUACAACCCCGGUAUUAAAUAUCAUAUAAACAUAGAUGGCAAAUACUAUCCAAGAGA